CUGGGCGCACACCACCUUCCGACAUUAAAGACGAAUCUAUGAAUUUAUGCUCGAUCGAGUUUUUAGUAGAUCUUUAAUACCAUGGCUGGCAUUUUCCUCUUGAUGUUGUACAUGCUGGUGUACGUCGCAGCGUUACCGACGCCUGAAAUUAGACGUAUGAGUUCUGGCGCCAUUGAAUUAUCUUUGGACGACAUUCCUAGUAUGACGUCAUUACAUGGAAAAUAUAACUUCAACACAAACAACCACGAGGGAAAAUUUCACAAAGGGCCUGACGGGCGCUGGCACCAUAUAAAUCCAGAGUUUGAGAACCUCGGCAGUGACAUUAUAGCAUACAUGUUGACUGCAGAGAUAGAUGGUCGAACUGUUGUAGAUGCCGGACAAAUACAACCUGAUUCAGGAUUGGUUGUAACUCCGCCAAAAAGAGUUCGAAGAGGCACUUUGGUAUUCCGGGAUGAAUUCAAUUGCGCAUUGGACACAUCACGUUGGGAAUAUGAAGUAUCAAUGUUUGGAGGAUAUAAUUGGGAGGUCCAAGCCUACGUGCCCGAUAAAAGAAACAUUUACACUAGAAACGGACACCUUUUCAUUAAACCAACGCUUACAAUUGAAGACCCGAGAUUUAACGAAUGGAGUCUUACCAAUGGAGUCAUGGAUAUGUACGAAUUGUACGGAUAUUGUACAAAUUCAGAUCGCUGGGGUUGUAAAAGAGAGGGCAAAUACGUACUGUUGCCGCCGGUGAUGUCUGGCAAAAUAAAGUCUAAAAACACCAUCCGGUUUGGGUCCGUUGAAGUUCGAGCAAAAACUCCGACAGGCGACUGGAUUUGGCCAGCAAUCUGGAUGAUGCCAAAAACGUCCAAAUAUGGCGGCUGGCCAGCUUCCGGUGAGAUUGAUAUCAUGGAAAGCAGAGGUAAUUUAGUUGCUGGUGAUAAACAUGGUGUUACCGAAGUUGGUGCAACUCUUCAUUGGGGUCCAGAUUCAGGUCAAAAUAGAUUUUUGUCUACACAUGGUACUCAACAGGGAAACUGGAACACUGGAUUUCAUACUUAUCGCCUAGACUGGACCAUUGAUCACAUACAGGUAUUUGUCGACAAUCGCAUUAUGAUGAAUGUUCCAAUCACGGAAAGCUUCUGGCAAAAAGGUGGUUUUAGCGGCCAUAAUAUCUGGGGAGGGGGCAGUAAGGCGGCUCCUUUUGAUACAGCGUUUUACUUGAUGCUAAACGUUGCCGUAGCUGGAAACAAUGGAUUUUUUCCAGACAACUGGAACUACAACACUCGUAAACCAUGGAAAAAUAACACGCCAACCAUAACCAAGGAUUUCUGGAAUGGAAGAGGCAGCUGGUUACCGACAUGGAAAGGCGAAAAAGUUGCCAUGGAAAUUGACUACGUUCAAAUGACACAAUAUUAAAAACCUGAAAAUAA